CAUCUUUUAUAUGCACCGAUCAGACUGCCGCCAUUUUCAAGUUCAGGAAAUACGACCGAAACAAACAUGCCCCGAGAAAUUAUAACUCUACAGCUUGGGCAAUGUGGAAAUCAAGUUGGAUUGGAGUUUUGGAAGCAGCUGUGUGCAGAACAUGGGAUUAGUCCAGAGGGUAUUCUUGAGGAGUAUGCCACGGAAGGAACAGACAGAAAGGAUGUGUUCUUUUACCAGGCUGAUGACGAACACUACAUCCCCCGAUCAGUGUUACUGGACACAGAGCCCAGGGUGAUCAACUCAAUCCUCAGCUCACCCUAUGCCAAGCUGUAUAACCCUGAGAACGUGUACCUGUCAAAACAUGGCGGUGGUGCUGGAAACAACUGGGCCAGUGGCUACACACAGGCUGAAGGGCUGUACGAGGAUGUGUUUGACAUCAUAGACAGGGAGGCAGAUGGAAGUGACAGUUUGGAGGGGUUUGUGCUGAGUCACUCUAUUGCUGGUGGAACAGGGUCCGGAAUGGGAUCCUACCUGCUGGAGAGACUUAACGACAGAUUUCCAAAGAAGCUUAUCCAGACGUACUCAGUGUUCCCGAAUGUGGACGAGAUCUCUGACGUUGUGGUUCAGCCGUACAACUCCAUACUGACUCUCAAGAGGCUGAUUCAGAAUGCAGACUGUGUGGUGGUGCUGGACAACACGGCUCUCAACAGGAUCGCCGCCGACAGGCUUCACAUAGACACUCCCUCCCUGGCACAGAUCAACCAGCUGGUGUCAACUGUGAUGUCAACAAGUACAGCCACUCUGCGUUACCCUGGUUACAUGAACAAUGAUCUGAUUGGCCUGAUAGCUUCUCUCAUCCCCACCCCCAGACUCCACUUCCUCAUGACUGGGUACACGCCCCUCACAACUGACUCACAGGUGGCCAGUGUGAGGAAGACCACGGUGCUGGAUGUGAUGAGACGGCUGCUGCAGCCCAAGAACAUGAUGGUGUCGACGCCGGUGGGAGCACAUCGCCAGGCCAGCCACUGCUACAUCUCUAUUCUCAACAUCAUACAGGGGGAGGUGGACCCCACACAGGUACACAAGAGCCUUCAGAGGAUCCGAGAGCGGAAGCUGGCCCAGUUCAUCCCCUGGGGUCCAGCCAGCAUCCAGGUGGCGCUGUCACGCAAGUCUCCCUACAUCCAGACGGCCCAUCGUGUCAGCGGCCUCAUGAUGGCCAACCACACAAGCAUCUCUCAUUUGUUUGAUAGAACCCUCCGCCAGUUUGACAAGCUGAGAAAGAGAGAGGCUUUUAUGGAGCAGUAUAAGAAGGAGCCCAUCUUCAAGGACAACCUGGAUGAGUUUGAUAACUCUCGGGAAGUCCUGCAGGAGCUGGUUGACGAGUACCAGGCCGCCACGCGACAUGACUACCUUGACUGGGGCACACGACAGGGAGCUGCUGCUGAGCGGAUGUGAUACAGAGACAAGGACAGGAUGUGGUGCGAGCUGUCUCACUGGGAUGUCAACACACAACAGAGGCAAUAGAGAAGCGAGAAAUAACACUGUCUUAUGACUGAAAUACUUUUCAAAGCUGUGUUAAACCCAACUUGUUCUCUCUGAGGAAUGGUUGUAUUUCUACUGUGUUCACAGGAAUGGUUGUCAUGGUGAUACAUAUGCAGAGCUCCCAGGAAUGGUUGUCAUGGUGAUAUAUAUGCAGAGUUCACAGGAAUGGUUGUCACAGUAUUCUAUACACACUUCCCAGGAAUGUUUGUCAUGGUGAUACACAUGCAGGAAUGGUUGUCAUGGCGAUUAGUAUGCAGAGCUCCCAGGUUUGGUUGUCAUGGUGAUAUCUCUCAGAGUUCCCAUAACACACAGAAGUUUGAUAACUUGAAAAACAUAAGUUCAAAUUGUUUAACCUAACUAACUGAGCUCAUACCCGAUGGCAAUUCCUGGUACAGUAUGCAAGUCUCUGAUUUAUGUCUGGUCUCUAAGUAUACAAUCCCACUGUCACAUGAUGCCAGAGCAUUAUUCAGUUAAUUGUGUAUAUCAUGCUAACAUGGGUGUUAUGUUGAUGUAUGCCUACACUGGGUGUGUUUAUAUGAGUGUUGAGAGUAACAGUAUGAGGUGGUCUGAUGACAAGCACUGAAUCUCUGGGUUGAAUGUCAAGUCAAGAUGUAUAUUUUUGCACAAGAUUGUCCAACAUACACAACUGUUUUUGCAUUUAAGGUCACAUAUUACAGUUGGUACAAAUAUCUGUGUUCAUGUUUGUGAUGGUGUACAUAUAUCAUUUAUCAUGAGAUAUCCUUUCGUACUUCAUCUAGAAAGGAUAUACUUUUGUUUGAUGUCUUGUUAUUGUUACUGUUAUGCUAUUGUUAAAAGAUGGUUCUUACUGUGCCUGGCCGCAUCCAACCAAAAGACUUUGAAGGAUGGUUCUUGUUGCCUGACAUGCAGCAUUAAAGGAAUAAACAACAACUGGUUGGCACUGAGUGGGGUAUCCAUGUUAAAACUGUGGCAUUGUAUCUACUAUCAUGGACUAGCUAUAGAAACAGUGUAAGCCUUGACUAGAUACAGUGUAAUCCUGGACUAGAAACAGUGUAAGCCUGGACUAGAAACAGUGUAAGCCUUGACUAGAUACAGUGUAAGCCUGGACUAGAAACAGUAUAGGCCUGGACUAGAAACAGUGUAAGCCUGGACUAGAAACAGUGUAAGCCUAGACUAGAAACAGUGUAAGCCUGGACUAGAAACAGUGUAAGCCUGGACUAGAAACAGUGUAAGCCUAGACUAGAAACAGUGUAAGCCUGGACUAGAAACAGUGUAAGCCUGGACUAGAUACAGUGUAAUCCUGGACUAGAAACAGUGUAAGCCUGGACUAGUACAUGCAGUCAUGACCUGUGAAGAUCCGGGUUAGAAUAGGUCUUCAGCAACCCAUGCUUGCUGUAAAAGGCGACUAUGCUUGUCGUAAGAGGCGACUAAUGUGAUUGGGGGGUCAGACUUGCUGACUUGGUUCA